AUGCGAAAUCCGAAAUCAUGUAAUUUUAGCACAAUUUCGGGCAUAACUUGUACUCAAGAAAAAAUAUCAGAUACAAACCUUUCAAAAAAUGACUUGGAAGAAAUCUGCCAUAGUCUUGGUGUUUCUAUUGAAGAAACAAAAACUGAUCUAAUACAAAGAUUUAGAAAUUUUUCAAAUGAGGAAAACCAGACAAGAUUUCGAGAAGCUGGAAAAGCAAAAGUAUUAACUUUUGAUAAAGAGAAUGAUAAUAAAUUAGUAGAUUUGGAAUAUCCAAAUGAAGGAAAUGAAGUACUUAAAGUUGACCCCCAAAUGCAAACAUUAAGAGAACUUGCACAAAGAUCUAGAGAAAAACAAAAACCCAACAAACCUUUGCAAGCAAAUGCUAUAUCUGUGAAGGCUUUGGCCACUUUGCAAAUGCCUGCUCAUCAGAUCCAAAUGCAAAUACUUUCAAUUUCCAAUCAAAAGAAUACUCAAUAUACAAGAACAAAUUUAACAAGCUACAAGAAAAUACAAAGGAUAACUGACUAUGCUCGAGUCCAACAAUUAAUUCCAGUAGUAGAUCGCAUACAUAUAAAAGACAAAGAAACUAAUAAACUCGCAGCAGCAGAUCAUGAAGCACUUUGGCCACAUGAUCCAUUACCAGUAGAGGCAUUAAGAACCUAUAUAGAUAACCCACCUAUUGGUGUAUCAGAUAUAAUAUGGAAAUGA